GUACGGGUGCGGUGCUACGCGUAGACGGCGCUACGACUUCGGAAAGUAUUACGGGAGUGUAGUAACUUUCUUGAAUUGUUUAUGUCACUGAGUGCCAAGGAAUGUCGCUCCAUCAACGGGCUGCUUGAACGUUGAAUUGUCGCAAAGCAAGAUCAGUCAAGAUGCUAGCCGGAGUGGCUGUUCUUCUGUUCGUCUUAUCAGUGUCCCCCGCGAGCGCUCAACUCCUCUUCCUCAUGGAGCCACCACCGCGGCUUUCCUUCUCCAACAGCUCCGGUGCGAAGGUCUCGUGCGCAGCCCACGGGAGCCCUCUCCCCACCAUAUCUUGGAUGACAGAGGACGGGGUGCCGGUGACUGAUAUUCCAGGACUUAGGGAAGCCUUACCGAACGGCACACUGUGGCUGGGAGCGUUCUCAGCAGCCCAGUACCGUAGCGACGUUCACGCCGCUGUGUACCGCUGCCGCGCCGCCAGCACCGUCGGGGCCAUACUCUCCAGGGAUAUGAGGCUUGAGGCUGUGAUGGAUGCCCCGUGGGAGGUCCGAGUGCAGUCAAGUCACGGUGUAGCCGGCGGUGCGGCGUUGCUCACGUGCGCAGUGCCCGCCACAGUCAGGAGUCACGUCACAGUCACCAGGUGGUUCAAGGACGGAGCCGUGCUCGCUCCAAUGGCGGCUGAAGCUGGAGGUCGAUAUAUAGUGGGAGGCAGCCGUGGUGAUAUACUGGUGGUGCGAGACGCGAAGCCUGAUGACGCUAGUACUUACUCGUGUGAAGCACAACAUGCUCUCACUGGUGAAAAGCGGAAAAGUUCUCCCGCCGUUGUUACUGUGCUGCAUGCAACGGGCAGCAUGGCGCCCCGCAUGCUGACCGUGUCUGAAGACGAGAUGGUGCCCCAGGGAGGCGACAUACGGCUCGUGUGCUGCGCCGUAGGGAACCCACCACCCACUUACAGUUGGUUCCGCCACUCCAAUGGACGUCUGAGCCCUGUCUCUAACAGCAUCAGGAUAUCGGUAUCGGAACAGGUUCUGAUCAUCCGGCGCGCGCAGCUGUCGGACAGUGGUGUGUGGACGUGCCGCGCCCACAACCAGUACGGAGAACAGAGACGAGACGCUAGACUGAGGGUGCGCUCCAGGCUGGUGGUGAAUGUCCAGCCGCAGUUGCAGAUAGCAAACUCAGGCAGUUCAGUGACGUUCAAUUGUUCACUGGAAGGUGGUGAUGCGAGGAUAAGGUGGCUCCACGACGGCGUGCCCGUGGGGGGAGCCGAGCGAGUGCUAAGGGUCCAUUCAGUGAUGCGAGUCCACCGAGGCAUGUACCAGUGUUUCGCCGAGAGGGACUUAGACUCCGCUCAGGCUGCUGCUGAGCUUCGAUUAGGAGAUACUGCCCCGGAGUUGCAUUACACGUUUAUCGAGCAGGCGUUACACCCUGGACCGGCCCUGGCACUACACUGCGCCGCGUCAGGCUCACCACCACCGCGGUUCACCUGGCUACUGGAUGGACAACCAGUCGAGGAACACAAUACGCCACAAAGGACAGUGUCACAAUUCAUGAAUUCAAAUGGCGAUGUGGUGAGCUUCUUGAACAUCUCGUCGGUGCGGCCUGACGACGGCGGCCGGUACACGUGUCGAGCUCACAACACCAGGGGCGCGGUCGAUCACUCCACCAGACUCAAUGUUUAUGGUACACCUUCAAUAAGAAACAUCGGGCCGGUCCGCGUCGUGGCCGGCGUCAACACAACCAUCUACUGUCCAUUCUCCGGAUUUCCAAUCAGUGAGAUUCGAUGGCAGCGCGGUGGCCUGGACCUCAGUUCCACAGGCGGCAGAGCAUUAUCCGGGAAUAACGGUGAGCUGCUCCUAUGGCCAGCGGAGCCGGCCGACGCGGGGGUGUACUCCUGCAGAGUGACUGCCCCUUCGGGACAAUACGCACAGAAGGACGUGCAGAUAUUUGUUAGAAAUCCGCCAAAAAUAGCUGGUUUCACUUUCCCAACUGACCUAGUGGAAGGUAGUUCCAUCCAAGUACUAUGUGGCAUCACGUCUGGAGAUAAACCGGUCUACUUUUCUUGGUUAAAGGAUGGACAGCAUAUUCCUUCGAAUUUACAAGUCCAAGAGAAGUCACUGGACGAGUUCAGUUUCCUGAUCUUCUCGCACGUGACGUCGAAGCACAGCGGCGAGUACACGUGCGUGGCGAGCAACUCAGCCGCUGAGGUCAACCACACCGCUUCACUCGCCGUCAAAGUGGCGCCUUCGUGGGUGUACGAGCCCCAAGAUGUAUCAGCUUUGCUCGGCACUCAAAUAUUGACGCACUGCGCUACAAAAGGUUAUCCCGAACCAAGAAUCACUUGGCUAAAAGGACAAGGCACUGGAGUGGGUGAUUUUCGUCUAGUAUCGAACUCGGACCUGCAGUUCUCAGUGCUCACCAACGGGACACUGAGCAUAGCGCCGGCCGCUCAUCACCACGAGGGGCAAUACAUGUGCAGAGCCGAAAACGGUAUUGGGAGGGGAUUGUCUAAGAUUAUAACUGUCUCAGUCAAUGAGCCGGCGCACUUCGAGUUCUCGUCGCGCAACAUGACGGUGCAGCGCACGGCCGCCGCCGCGCUGCACUGCGACGCGCGCGGCGACGCGCCGCUGCAGCUGCACUGGACGCACAACGCGCGCCGCCUCGACCUCGCCACCUACCGGGUGUCAGUAUCGGAGAAACGUUCAGAGAACGGCGUUAGUUCUCAGCUGAACAUUGCUCAUGCGGAGAGACGUGACUCAGGAGUGUACAGGUGUCGCGCCGAAAAUUCUUACGGCCGGGACGAACUGCUCAUAUACUUAGCUGUGCAAGAAUUCCCCGAGGCGCCCCGUGGACUGCAAGUGGUCCAGCGCAGCGGGCGCGGUGCUACUAUAUCGUGGCGGCGCGGCUACGACGGGAACGCACGCGUCCACCUCUACAAGCUGCAGUACCGAGUAGUUGGUGACCGCGAUCGCGACCACGACCGGCAGGGCACCGAUGCCAGGGACGACUGGGCUGAUGCACCCACACGGGACGUUCCAGCAGACAGGGUUACAACGAGAGAGGAUGCAGCUGACCUGGGCUCAGAGAUAACCCUGGAAUAUAACGUGGAGGGUCUACGUCCAGCUACAGCGUAUGCGCUACGACUAGCGGCCGUCAAUGCUAUCGGCGAGAGUGAAUAUUCAGACUCAGUCAUUAUACAAACGUCAGAAGAAGCACCAUCUGAGCCUCCUCAGAAUGUACAAGUACAAGCGACAGAACCCGGAGAACUACUCAUCAAAUGGCAGCCGCCGCCGCAGGAGUCGUGGAACGGCGAGCUGCUGGGGUACGUGGCGUGGUGGCGCGAGGUGGGCGCGGAGGGCGCGGGCGCGGGCGGCGCGCUGACGGCGGGCGGCUGGGGCGCGGCGGCGGCGCGCGCGCCGGGGCUGCGGCCGCGCGCCACCUACGAGGUGCGCGUGCGCGCCUACAACGCCGUCGGCGCCGGCCCGGCCUGCGCGCCGCUCGCCGCCGCCACGCUCGAGGCAGCACCGGAAGCACCACCAGAGCGUGUUCGCUGCGAGACAAUAUCGUCUCAGUCCAUCCGCGUGUGGUGGGAGCCACCGCCACCUGCUGCCCGCGGAGGAGUACUGCUGGGAUACGAAUUGUUGUAUGAGGCGUGGGAGGAGAGCGGCGAGGCGGAGGUGGUGCGCAGCGGCGGCACGGAGGCGCUGCUGCAGGCGCUGCGGCCCGCCGCCAACUACUCGCUGGCCGUGCGCGCGCGCACCGCCGCCGGCGUCGGCCCGCCCGCCGCCGCGCACUGCCGCACGCACGAGGACGUGCCCGGAGCACCGGCUGAUAUUAAAGCUUUAGCAAACUCGGAAGACACGGUGAUGGUCAGCUGGCUUGCUCCAGUACACAAGAAUGGCAAGAUCAAACACUACACCGUGUACAAUAGACCACAAAGGACAGGACAGCACUCCCAAGUGAUGGUACUCCAUAAGGACGGUGAAGAGGAGUACCAGGUAGAAGUUCGGGGACUGCAGACGCACCAGACCUAUGAGUUUUGGGUGACGGCUGCCACCGCAUCGGGAGAGGGCGAGAUGAGCGCUAUCGUUGCAAGAAAGCCUAACGCUAGAGCGCCGGCAAUGUUGGCGUCUUUCGCUCGCCGCGUGGUGUCGGCAGAGGGCGCACGUGUGCGGCUGCAGUGCCGCGCGGCCGGCGCGCCACCGCCGCUGCACGCCUGGUCUCGCCGUCGCGCUGCACCACCACUCCUCGCUGACCCGCGGCUGCUGCUUGACGGCAACGACCUCGUCAUACUCAGUGUCGGCGAGGCCGUGGCGGACAACUACACGUGCACGGUGCGCAACCCGUGGGGCGCGGAGCGCGGCACGUGGCAGGUGCUGGCCGCGCGGCCGCCGCCCGCGCCGCGCGCGCGCCUGGCCGCCGCCGCGCCCGCCGCGCUGCGCCUCGCCUGGGACGCGCCGCCCGCCGCGCUCCUCGCCGCGCUCAGGGGAUAUACGGUGGAGCACAAGCUCGCAGAUGAAGAGCAAGCGACUGCUUGGAUUGCGACACGACUAAGUAGCAACGCGCGCUCGCACACGCUCGAACGCCUCGCAUGCGGCACGCCUUACCGCGUAAGGCUUAUCGCACACAACGCGGUUGGCGCAUCACCGCCCAGCGAGGAAUUGAUUGUCUCCACCAAAGGGGGACCUUCGCGAGCCCCAUCAGAGAAAGACCUAAUCGCCACAAACAGCACGUGCGCCCGUAUCAAUCUGCUGACUUGGGACAGUAAUGGAUGCCCUCUUACUCAGUUCACGGUGUCAGUGCGGAGCUUCGAGGAGACCACGUGGCGGUCGCAAACGGUCCCAGCGGUCGAGCCGACUGUUUUGUGUGGGCUGGUGACCGCGACAUGGUACCACUUAAAGGUGGUCGCCAACAGUGCCGCUGGUUUCACCACUGGCAAUUAUUAUUUUUCAACCCUCACAGAGGAUGGAGAGCGCAUCCCGGCGCCGGCGCAGUUCCCACCGGGCGGCGAGGGCGCGGCGCCGCGCGCGGCUGCCGUACUAGCCGCCUGCGCCUGCGCACUGCUCGCUGCGCUGCUGCUGCUCGCCGUGCUCGCUUACAGGACCAGUCUAUCAGCACCGUGCCUUAGAAAAGGAUACGAACAGGGAGACAUCUCGGAGGAGGAGGACAAGUCGAUAGAGAAGAGGGACAACAAGCGCAAUUGUCAGCAAGUGUAUACUUCAUCACCUAUCAAACAUCCUCUCAGCAAGAAAGACCAGCAAGAGAUGUACGAGAUCAGUCCGUACGCAACGUUCAGCAUGUCUGGCGGGGUGGGCGGCGUGUGCGUGGGCGAGGAGGCGCAGGUGUCGGGCGGCACGCUGCGCACGUUCGGGCGCGGCGAGCCGCCGCCGCUGGCCGCCGCGCCGCCCGCGCGCCUCGCACACUCCACGCACGCAGCACACGCGGCCCACGCGGCGCCUGCGCACAAGCAGCGCUCGCCGCUUAACUCCGAGGAGUACACGCUGUCGCGCGCGAUGACGCUGAUGGUGCGGCGCUCGGAGUCCGACUCGGACUCGAGCGGCUCGCCGUGCGCUGAUUGCAAUAGUUCCAGCGUCUCGUACAGGAUGCCCAUAGCGCCAUCUAAAGGCGGCGCGGAGGAGGCGCUGCGCGCGGCGACGGACUCGAGCGCGGAGUCGGCCGCCGCCGAACGCCGCCGCCGCCGCCCGCGCCGCCACCACGCGCCCGCUGCCGCCAGGUACCAACAACGGCAGGAACAGGAGAGAAGAGAUUUCACCAUACACGUAUAAAACAUAAGACAAUAAAGACUGCUGCGAGCAAAAUAAUUGAUGUACUAAUAAAACGUUUACGAGAUUACAGUUUUAAAAUAAGAGUUUUGUAAAUAUUUUUAUGAGUUUUGUACAUUUAGAUUAUCGUUGCGGCCUACGGAGACUAGCCAAAUUGUCAAAAUUAAAUUAUAUUAAAGUUUUAUAAAAUAUUUUUAAUUGUAAGUAUUACAGGUAUUAUUAUUGUUAAUAUCUGAAUUGUAAUAUUAAGGUAUAGAGAUUUAUAAAAGUAAUGAAUUAUUGAUUUUUUUUUUUGUUAAUUCUAACACAAUAAAGUCGUUUAUAGAUUCUAACAACCCUAGUACGUGUAAAGUUAAGGGGCACAUACACGAUACAAAUUAUUGCUUCGAUCGAUAUGAAAAAAUCCAAUCGAUUGAUCGUUGCAAAUGAUAAUUUAAUUUAGUUCAACGGAACGGUAAACGUGCCAUCAAAGACGCAAACCCAAAGAUUGUAUUGAUAUUUUAAUUGAUUGAAUUGAAUGUACGAUUAAGAGAUCAUUAGCAAUAUUGGCAUGUAAUAUGAAUAAUAGUUUUGCAGUGAAACGCCCAGCAAUCAAAUUUAAGUUGAAAAUUUAAGUUGAAAGUUGAAGAGUUUAUUAAUAUUAUAGGAAUCAACAACGAAACACACAUGGCUACCUAAGACUUACACUUAAUUGACACACGCGGCAAUGUUGCCAACAGAUAAAAAAACAAAGUUACCAUUCUACAAAUGAUAUUAUGCACACAUUACACUGUCUAUAUCUAAUAGCAUGCACCAAAAAAAUGGAUUCGUUGUUUCGAUCAGUCUUGAAACGGCAUAUCGUAAAUGUAUACCGUACCGUCUAUGGGCCCCUUUACUAUGUUUCGUUGAAAUGACUAUCACACUCUAAUGCCGGGUUCAGACAGUUCACACGGUGACAAAUUUGGUCGCCGGCGAGUCGCUGGCGACUUUUAAGUUGGUGUAUGGAUAUGAACAUUAGGUUUGAGUUAAAAUGGCUGGCUAUCAUACUCGCUGUCGCAUGAACUUGGAAUAAAGACGAUAGAAUUAUUGUUGUUUGAAAAAAACAAAUAGUUGAAAAUGUAACUAGUAUAGUAUCAGUUAGUACUCCAACUGGGAAUAUAUUCAGCCCGGACACGAGAGAGGUUUUAAUCCCUUCGUGUUAUGUUAACAGAAGGUAAAUUUGGAACAAAGAAUUAUUUUUCACUUAUAAAUUCAUAUAAAUUCAAAAAUAAACCAUUCAAUAAAGUUAGUUAAAAAUUUGUUAUUUUCAAUGGACUUUCAAUUUCCCAUUAGACUGUAUUUUUGAAGAGGUCCAAAACGAGAAAGGUUUGAGUAAAUUUAUAUUUUUAGUGUGUAUAUUACGCGUUGUUUUAGCCGAUUUUAAUUUAAUAUUAAAAGUUGCUUACAUAUUGGUCCCUUAUUUAUUUUGCUCAGUAAAAUCUAAUUGUAGACACAAAAUUCUGUGUCUUAAUUUAAAAUAAAAACGAUGCGUUUUAUUAAUUUUAAAAUAAUUAUAGUGAGAUCACUAACUAGUCAUUAUUGUUUUUAUUAGAAUUAAACUCACUGUUUUUUAUGUCGCAACUCAAAUGUCGCGUGGUUGAAUUGAAGCAAUUAACACAUAAAACGAUGUGAUACAGUGCCUUCGUACGGACUCUUUAGUGUUAUGCCGAUUAAUUGAUUAAUUA